CACCGUAGUAUUCUUCAAGAGCAGCAAAACAGAAAAUGGAAUUGAACCUUAUCAUUUCGAGGCGUGAGGCAUUCAAAUCUACGCGGCACGCCGACGACCCAGUCAAAGCCGGUCUCACUUCCAGAAACGCGUCUUGGCUGACUUGUUGUCUGUGAUCUCGCCUUUUCUCUAGUCUCCAUCUGGCGUUCGCUUGGUGUUUGCGUUCGACUCGACAGGCUCCGCGUCGUCUGCGUUGGAACUGCGAGCAGCUCAACAUUCGAGCAAAGAGGGGCUGAGUUUCUUCAUUCGCUCCACUCGCCUGUACAAUUGAAAUCGCCCCGUGUUCGUCAAGGCAAUCACCUGCUGUGUCCUCCUUCGUCUACGCCGAGCGCUUCAACACCGCUUCAACUCGGCCACUCAUAUUGACCACCUUUAUAUACUGUAACCAACGGUCCCAUGUUUGCCAAGCCACGCGUGUACCUGGGAGACGAGGAACGUCGCCGCAAGCAGCGCGAUCUUAAGCGGCGGUACCGUGAGCGUCGCAAAAAUGACGUGCAGACCAUGCAGCAGCAGGUGACGCAGCUGGAGGCUCGAUACGACGCGCUGCUCCAUGCGCAGCAGCAAACGGCCAUGACGUCGCGUCGGGCGCCCUCUCAUCUGGAACAGCAGUACGCGGCUGCCACGAACGAGCUCAACUCGUUGCGGCGCCAGAUCGCAGUGACCAAGCAGAAAUUAGCAGAGUUCGACGGCUUUGCGUCUUCAUUGGAAGUGUAUCUGACCGACUUUGAGGCUCCGUCAGCCGUCACUGCAGCUUCAUUGGCUUCGGGUGCUGCCAAGAGCUCCUUAUUGAUGGCACCGUCACUUCCCAGCCCGACACCUGCAGAAUCGCGCGCGCGACUGACCGAAGAGGAAUGCCAGGAAAUGAUCAAGAAGUGCUACUAUGAAAUCUUCGACCGUCGAUUCCGUGGCCAAUGUCUGAGCUCGGGUAUGCACAUGUUGGGCUGGGAGGAUCAAAUGUUUCUGGACGGUACGACGCUGCAGUUCUCCAUGUCAAAGCAAGUGACGGGCAUGUCGGCCAAUACGCUCAUGCAGAAGACGUGGGAUAUCGUGACUACAGAGCAACACAUGCGUACGAUUCAGUAUUCGACUCUCGGAGUCAAGGUCCUGCACAAGAUCAACGAUGAUACGCUGGUUAUCCAGCGCUGCGUGCACCACCCGCAACUCAAGACUGUCAACUGGAACAAUAUGGUCAUGUUCCGCUUGCGUAGUCCUCGUGGAUAUGUGGUCGCGUACCAGACUAUCAACCAUCCAGCGUAUGCUGAGGGAUACACCGAGUAUUUCACAGGUCAUGAGGACAUUGUGGCCGAGGAUCUACAGCCCAAAUUCUCUCGUGUCAAUACGCUCCAGUGGUUCCUCUUUGAGGAGGAUGACAACCUCGACUUCGACAUGGACAGUGGAGGUUCUGACCUCGAGUUACUUGGCUCCAGUGACAGCGAAGACUCCUUGCCAAGCAUUAAGAAGGAAUCUUUACCGAGAGGGAGGAGGGGCCUUGUACAGACGCAUCCUUAUCCAGACGCUCAGCGUCGUGUUUCCGGUGGCGUCAAAGUCUCAUUUGGAGGCAAAGUGGACAACCGAGACACGUCGUAUGCCCGCUUUUACAUGUUCGAGGUGCUCACGUACAUCAUCCGCUGGGAAAACGCGGUGGGUUCUGCGCGACUCACAUUUUAAACACCUCGAAGGCAAUCAAGUAACUUUGCGUAAUUAAAUUAACGAUCAUAAAGGCAUGGUAUCAAGUAAAGGCCCUUGAUGUUGAAUUGCAGUCUAUUUAACCGUUUGAGCUAGUAAUUUAAUGCUAACU